AUGGAGGGACCUAAAAUAACAGUCGUAAUCAGAAAGAGACCAUUAGGGAAGAAAGAAUUAGCGCGUGGUGAUUAAGAUAUUGUGCAAGUGAAAGAUUAAGCUACAGUAUUGUUGAGCGAGAUCAAGUAUGCAUUUUGAAAUUCAAUAUACUUUCUCUUUUUUAGGUAGAAAGUUGAUCUGACCAAGUAUGUUGAAUAACAUCACUUCAAUUUCGACUUAGCAUUUGAUGAGAGUGUAAAUAAUGAAGGAGUUUAUGCAACUGCAGUACGUCCAAUAAUUGAAGCAGCCUUUAACAAAGCAAAAUGCACUUGUUUUGCAUAUGGAUAAACAGGUAGUGGUAAAACAUUCACAAUGCUUGGUGACCCAGAAGCUAAUGUACCAGGACUAUAUCUGAUGGCUAGUUAUGACCUAUUCAGCAUAUUAUAAAGAGUAAUUUACAACAUUAUUAUUCGAUUAGCCAGAGUAUGGUAAUUUAUAUGUGACCAUUUCCUUUUAUGAAAUUUAUUGUGGAAAAUUGUUUGAUCUCUUAAAUGAUAGAACUUAAUUGGCUGCAUAAGAGGAUGCCAAGGGUAAUGUUCAAAUCAAAGGAUUAACAGAAAAAAAAAUUCAAAAUGUUCAACAACUUAUGCAAAUCAUACAACAUGGAUAGAACUCUAGAGUGACUUCUUAAAACUCUGCUAAUUCUGAGUCUUCACGAUCUCAUGCAUUACUUUAAAUUAAUUUAAAGCAAGGCAAAUUAGUUCAUGGCAAACUCUCCUUUAUUGAUUUAGCUGGUAGUGAAAGAGGAGCUGAUGUUAGAGAUCAAGAUAAAACUACUAGAGUUGAUGGAGCUGAAAUUAAUAAAUCACUUUUGGCUUUGAAAGAAUGUAUUCGAGCUUUAGAUCUUAAUAAGAAUCACACUCCAUUUAGAGGCAGUAAACUUACACUUGUGCUUAAAGAUAGUUUGAUAGGUAAUUGCAGAACUGUCAUGAUUGGUAAUAUUUCACCAAGUAGUGCUAAUAGUGAACAUACAUUAAAUACAUUGAGAUAUGCAGAUAGAGUUAAAGAAUUAAAGAAACCAUAAGAAUAGAAAACUGGUGGAGAUGCACUUAAUAGAGAAUUGAUGUUAGCUAGAACAGGUUUUAUUUCAUUUUUAUUACUUUAGAUACCAACGUAAUCCGUAGAGAAUAUAGAAAUCCUGAUUCUGAAGAUGAGGAAGGAGAUGAUUUGUAUAGUGGACCAUAAGGAUCUUAAGGUGGUUUGACAUAAAUGAACAAUUAGAAGUAUCAUAAUAACAUGACAUCUUCAUAAUAAUACUAAUAAUAAUAAUUUUAAUAUACUCAAUAAUAAUAAUAAUAAUAACAAUAAUAAUAGCUACCACCAUAAACAUAAUCUUAAUAACAUCCAAGAACAUUAUCAGCUAAUUCAUAAUAAACAUUACAAUAAUAAUAAUAAUAUAAUUAAUAAUUCACUAAUCCUUAUGCCAAAUAAUAACCAUAAUAAUAAUAACCUCCAAAUCUUCCAAAAUCCAAAAGUGCUUAACCAAAUCAACCAUAAUAAUAAUAGUAAUCAUCAUCCCAAACAUAAUUGCCAAACCAACAAUUUUUCAUGUAAUAACCAAUGAUGCCUCCAUAAUAACCUAAUAUUUAUUAAUAGCCAUAAUAACCAAAUCUUUAGUAAUUCAUAAAUCCUUAACCCUAACCGUAACAAUAUUAACCAUAGAUGUAUAGCAAUCUACAGAAAUAAAAUGUAGUUUAAUAAAAUCCAUUAUUGUUUCAAUAAUAACAAAAUCAAUUCCCUUAAUAAUAAUUGUUUCAGUAAUACCCUUAAUAAGCAUAUGGUAAUAAUAAUCAAUUUUAUUAAAAAUAACAACAACCAUUAAUUCCAGGAAUAAAUCCUACUGGAAUAAAUCCUAUAUCUCAAUAACCAAAUAAUUUUAUGCCACAUUACUUGGAUAACAAUUUAAAUUAAUAAUAACAAGAUCCAUUUGUAAAUGACGAUUUUCAAGGUGAGGAUGGAGACAAUCUCUUAUUGGAAGAAGUAGAUCCAGAGUAGGAAAUAUAAGAAUAGAGAAAUUAAUUAUUAUCCCAAUAACAUUAAGAAUUAGUGAGCAAGGUUUUAUAAGAAGAAGAUGAAAUCAUAGUAUUCCAUAGAGAUCAUAUUGAUGUGAUGGUAGAGAUAUGUAAAUCAGUAAAUAUAUUUAAAUAAUAUUUCACUAGGAUAUGAUACUAUUGAAUUCAUUGGAUUAGAAUCAAGUUGUUGUAGCUGAUUAUAUGGUGAAAUUAAAAUAGAAUUUGCAAGUUAAAUAAUAAGCAAUCAAUGAUUUCAUAACUAAGUUAGGAUAAUAUGAAUAAUUGUUAGAAUAAGUAUGAAUGUCUAUAUAAUUUUUAUAGGAAGCUGAAUUAAAUGAAUAAUUGAAGGAAUUCGGAUUGGGUAAUAACUCAAAUUAAACAAAUAUAUAAUGA